AUGAUUUUCUAUUGUGAUCAAGAAAGAGCGCAACUAGCUAACCAGGCGAAUUUGCGAGCUCAGAGAGCAACAACCCGGCAGACCGACUCCUCCCGUGCACAAACGAUAGAACUCCACAUCCAGAACCGCAUCGCCGCAGAGCUCGAACGCAUCCGUGCCCGCGAAACACAGACUCUCGCCGACCUCGCAAAGCACAUUGCAGAGCAAUCCCCUCCUGAUACCGCCAUCUCCCAACCCCAAUCUAAUUCUCACAACACGGACCCAUCCCUCUCACCCGAUGCCCCGCGCGUCCCCCUCUCUGGCCCCGGUUCCCCCGCCGAGCUCUCCCCCCAGUCUUCUCCAAAAUCCACAGUUACCGCCGCGAACGGCGUACCGAUAAAGGAGCUGAGCAGCGCUCAAGUGCAGCAGGAGAUCUCGGCACUGAGCGCCAAGUUGGCGGAGAGACGGAGGGUUCGGGAGCUAGAUGCAGGGGUGGAGAAAGCGCGUGAGGAAGUCGUGAGGUGUUUGAGGGGAAAUGAGACGAGGCCGCUGGACUGCUGGAGGGAGGUUGAAGGGUUUAAGAGGGAGGUUGGGCGAUUGGAGAGGCUGUGGGUGGAGAAAGUUGUUGGGUAG